CGUGUUGCAUUUUGGGACAUACUUCUCCUAUGAGCGUUUUUACCGCCAUGAUGGAUCCUAGAAAAUGGGAUCCGAAGAAGAAAAUUUGUCCAAGUCAGUCUUGAAAGACGACCUGACAGGCCAAAAACCUCAAAAUGCUCUAAUACGAUUUCCCUAGUGUUUGUUUCAAAAUUUUCUUGAACCUGCACGCUUUGUGCAGUGUUUCAAAUUUUUAAAUUUGAGCGCCGCUUUGGAAACUCAACAGCGCGUCAAGAUGAGUAAAUUGUCAUUCAGAGCUCGGCAGCUCGAUUCCAACAAGGCUCUUCCAGUGUAUCGGGCGGAGGAACUACCCGAUUUGACGGAAUUCAGCACUAUAAACCGUGCUGUGCCUCAAAUGCCAACUGGAAUGGAGAAAGAAGAGGAAACGGAACACCAUCUCCAGAGAGCCAUCUCGGCACAGCAGGUUUAUGGGGACACUCAACAACUUGUAAUUCCUACUCCAGAAACAGAGGAAUUGAAGGAGAAAGUGGUUGACACCCUUUACCAUGAUCCAUUCAAGCAGCCGAAACAGUACAUUCAUGUUCAAGCUUUCAACUUCGAGGAGGAAUUACCUGAGUAUGAUAUGGACUCAGAAGAUGAGGAGUGGCUUAAGGCCUUCAAUAAAAAGAAGGAGCUCCUGUCACCAUUUAAAUUUGAACAUUUCCUUGACCAGUUGGAGCGAAAUUCUGGAAACCAGGCGGUGUCUUUGAAUGAAGCAAAGUCAUUGUUGAAGGAGGGUGGUGAUGUUAUCAAGCCUCUGUAUGAGUAUUGGAUGAAUAAAAGAAAAAAGUUGAAGGAUCUGGUGGUGUCACUGACUCCUCAGCUUAAAGGAGAAAAGAGGGAUGGCUCGUCUGCGAGUGAUCCAUACGUGGCAUUCAGAAGAAGAACAGAAAAGAUGCAAACAAGAAAGAAUCGUAAGAAUGACGAGGCUUCAUAUGAGAAGAUGCUCAAACUUCGAAGAGAUUUGAAUAGAGCUUGUACAAUUCUGGAUAUGGUGAAGAGAAGAGAGCAGUCCAAAAAGGAGCUCCUUCAGCUUACUGUUGAAGUAUUUGAGAAAAGAUAUGCUGCUGGAGAUUAUGCAGGCCAAAUACUUCAACAGUGUAUGGAUAUGAUCAGAUAUCAGCCCCCUGCCACCAAUCUCACUGCACCCACGUCGGCAGGUUAUGGUGACAAUGUAACGCCAGGCUCUGCCACAGGAGGUGACAGGGAACACGAGUCGUGGAGACGAGGAUUGCAGGAAAGGCCACGGAUAGGAAAGAAUGACUUUGUCAAUGAGUUAGGAAUCAAAAGACCUAAACUGAGUCACCCCGCUAAGGUUGCUCAUGUUCAGCCACCUGGAGAUCAGAUGCUGUUCAGUGACGAUGAGGAACUCAUUCGCGUAUCGCCUCCUCCAGUGGAUAUUCCUUCAGAACCCGAAGAUGACGAUGAAGACCCAGAUGGCAGAUUUGCAUUUAAAAGAAAGCUUGGUGUCAAAUACAUGCCGCCUCGAUUCGAUAUGCCUCAGCCACUCGCAUGGGUAGAUCCAUCAGAAGGUGGGUUGGGUGACAAGAGAUUUCGUUUCAGCUGUACAUCGAUAUCGUCGCCGCAGAGAGUGAUUGGCUUUGCAAGAAGGAGAGUAGGACGAGGGGGAAGAAUAUAUAUGGAUCGGGCCUACAGUGCUUUAUCAGAAGACUUGGAUGAGUUAGAUAUGCGUCUAAACUCAUCAUCAUCUUCGCUCUUGUUACCCAAUGGCUUGUUUCCGUACGACCACCUUACAGGGUGGAAAAAACCCUCACUGCCGCAUUUUAGACCUAAAUCGCCUCCCACGCAAGUGUCAUUCGCCUCGUAUUCAUCUCCAGUGUCGACAGAAGCGCCCUCUGCCAGUAAACAGAACGGAGAACCCAGACCUCGACUACAUAGGAGCUUUUCCACACAACCAAGAUCAAAAUUCUCACUCAACCCCACUCCGACUAAUGGAGUGGUUGGGCCGAAUUUCACUCAUAACAACAUGAGCCGUAGCUCGCUAACUAAUGGACCUUUAUCGAAUCAAGGUGGUUAUACCACGGGCACUCUUCUUAGUAAAAACACCGCCUACUCCACAGCGCCCAUGAAGGCGGUUUAUGCAUUGAACUUUCCAGUCAAUUCGAACAUUUCAGGGCACGCGUUGUCCAAUAGUUUGGUGCGAGGUAGUGCACCGUUCUCACCCACGGCCCUUAACUCAUCGCCAUCUGCAAGUGCGACGUUGAGGGCAAGCGCUGCUGAAAGCGCUGGCGCGGAACGAAUGGAAAUAGACGUCAAUAGAGUAGAUGGCCUCCUAAGCACAUUAGAUGGAUUAGGGACCUCAAUCAGCAGUUUACCAAACGCAACGUGAUAAUAAAUGCCAUUCAAAGAGAAUUUAAUCUGCCAAGAGACAGUGUUCCGUACAAACAGGAUGGUCUCUUCUCUAGUACAGUUGUAAAGCGCUCGAAAUAGCGAACGAAACUAAUGUUCAUGGGAAUGGGGAUUCAUACAGCGGAGUUGCAAGAGGACAUAGCGAGAUACAGUAGAGGAAUAAACGUUUACAUCACCCCAAUGGAUUUCAAGGCACCCAAGGCUGACAUCGUCUUCUUUAUCAUUAAUCAAUGCAGACGUUACUUUAGGAAUAUUUUACUUACUCGUCAGUUAACAAAUCAACUCGUUAUAAACCCUGCCAAAGUUAAUACUGUUCGUUCUCUGUGACUGCAGCCAUGGUUCAGUUUAUAUUUACCCUAUAUUUACAUGUUUGGUUACAUAACCUUUUCGCUCUUUGAAUUGGUAGCUGUUUUGCAUGACUUUUUUUUCCGCUAUAUCAUAGUUUUUGUUUCGAACAGGAAACUGCCACUUCUGACAACAAAAGCUGCUAGAAUCACUCGGGCGCGUUUGGGCUUCGAGGUCAAUUUCAAGUUUUUCCAAACUCGCUAGAGCGUUUACAAUAGAUAUCGUUUUGAAUUGUAAGGCGCGUUUCUGUUGCUGAAACUUUCUUUUGAAGAGGUACCGUAUAGAAAUGAGCGUAGGUUUUUUUUUGUAUUUUGGUUAAAUCAUGUAUAUUUGCGUUUUUUUCCGAACGCUUUUCGUACAGGUUGUAUAUCAUGGAGUUGUUUUGCUGUUUGCUUUUGGACGUGCAGACCGCAUUUAGUUUUAAUUAACAAGGCUGUAGUUAGAGAGGGCGUACAGUCACUCUAAAAUGUUAAAAACAAACAAAAAAAAAAACUACAAAACUCAAAACGUCCAUAGAUUCAAGGUCAUGGAAGAGUCAGGAAACGCCGAACGGUCUCGUUCGCUCGGGAAGCGCCGAAUCUUUAUGCUCGGGUGCUCGAGAUUCUUCAGCUCUUCGUGACGGUUCCCCGACCUUGUGGAGUAAAUAUAACGGCGGUAAACUACGAGACAAAGUGGGUGAUCACUAUGUGUUAAUAUCUACGGAACCGAUCAGUGUACAAAGUAAAUAAAGCCCGAUCGACGUUCCUGUAUUUUUUAAGACAUUAUUUAUUACAAAUUAUAGGAAGAUUAUUCGCGCAUCAUGGCACGACUUGACUCAGUGUGUUGAGCAUGAUGCGGUAAUUCUCAGGUGCAGCGUUGUUCAGCUGUUUAGCGUGUAAUUAAAUCCAGGCAGCGCCCUUUGCCCCGGGCACUCAGUGCAGGGACAGAGUUUUAUUUGAAUUGUUCUCCUUAGUUGAAACAAAGUCCUAUAUUUUAUAAAGCAAUCCGCGAUCUCGAACAAAUACACUCUUUGUAUAAGUGUCUCUUUCGUAUUUCCUUCUAACGUAUUUGUGUACAAUAAAUCGCUGACUACAAAAAAUAA